UGCAUGCUGGUAAAGAGAAAAAGUUUUUAAAAAUUGUUAAUUUGUUUUUUAAAGGAUUGUGAUGAAGAUAUGUGGUGAGUGGGACAUUUUUUGGUAUAAAAAUAAUCUUGUCAGUACUGUCUGGUGGACAAAGUAUGUAAUAGAGACUUAUAAACAUAUCUUUGACAUUUCUUAUCGGCCUACAGAUGCGCAAAUUGUGAAAUUUUGCAAAAAAUAUUGGUAUAUUGAUAUAUAAACUAGGCCAGUAUAUCCAUCAGGCUACAAAACAAAACUUUAAACAAAUUAUCUCACUUGUGGAGCUGAUCAGUUAUGUGCGACUGUUUAUUCAGACAGAAUGUGAAGCGAUGCAAUGCAAUUACAUACAAAGUCAAUGCCAAAAUGUGAGUAGACACAAAUUUGCUCGGGGCGGCAUGAAAUGACACAAGCAGACAUAAAUUUGUGUUCGCCAAGUUGAAAAUGUUUAAACUCUAGCUAAAAAUCUGCAUGUAUCACAGGGCUUAAUGAAUGUAUUUCAAAAACUUACAGAGAGGAGAGGGAAAAAGGGAGAGGAACUGGAGGGAAAUAACAGAAAGAACCAGAGUCUCUGCAUUUGUAGACAUUGGUGCCCUUUGGGUUGCCACCCCGAUGAGCACCGAUGACCUUUCGGCCACCGCUCUGAGCAGCAGCCUCCACAACUAAGGUCCUGAACAUGGCCCACCCAGAUUCCAUGUCCCCAACCUCCCCCAGGAGGCAGGAGAAACUUCUCCGGAGGAGGGAGUUGAAGACCUCACUGCUGAACUUGACUGGGGACAUUGUCGGAAGGAACACUUUGAGGAUCUCCUAAACCCCAUCGUCAUGCCCUUUGUGGAAGAGGCAGAGUUGGAUAACUUGGGGGACGCCUCACUUAUAUCCCUGGGAGAGGUCUCUGAGGUAGUCAAAAAGCUCCUCAGUAGCAAGGCGCUGGGUGUGGAUGGGAUUCACCCUAAGAUGCUGAAGGCUCUGGACAUUGUUGGGCUGUCAUGGCUGGCACGCCUCUUCAGUGUCACAUGGAGAUCAGGGACAGUGGCUGUGGACUGGCAGACUGGGGUAGUGGUUCUCAUUUUCAAGAAAGGGAACCAGGGGGAUCACACUACACAGCCUGCUGGGAAAAGCUUAUACCAGGGCGCUGGAGAGGAGGCUCCGGCUGAUUGUCAAACCUCAGAUUCAGGAGGAAAAAUGCGGAUUCUGUCCUGGCCGUGGACAGUGGACCAGCUCUUCACCCUUUCAAGGACACUUGAGUGGUCAUGGGAGUUCGCACAUCCAGUCUACAUGUGCUUUGUGGACUUGGCUUACGACCGUACCCCUUGGUGCACCUUGUGGGCCAUUUGGUCCUUGUAUAACCACAGUGAAAGCUGUGUCCGCAUUCUCAGCAGUGAGUCAAACUCGUUCUCAGUUGGUGUUGGGCUCCGCCAGAGUUGUCCCUUGUCAUCAAUUCCGUUUGUGAUUUUCAUGGACAAAAUCUCAAGGCGUGGGAGGGGAGUGUCCGGUUUGAGGACCUCAGGCUUUGCUUCUCUGCUUUCUGCAGAUGAUGUGGUUCUGUUGGCCUCAACACACUGUCACCUCCAGCAGGCAUUGGGAUGGUUUGCAGCCGAAUGUGAAGCGGUCGGGACGAGAGUCAGCACCCCCAAAUCUGAGGCCAUGGUGCUAAGCCUGAAAAAGGUGGACUGCUCCCUCUGGGUUGGGAGUGAGUUGCUGCUCCAAGUGAAGGAGUUCAAGUAUCUCUGGGUCUUGUUCAUGCGUGAGGGUAAGAUAGAGCAUGAAGAUGACAGGCAGAUCAGUGCAGCAUCAGCACUAAUGCAGGCGUUGUACUUUGCCAUUGUGGUGAAGAAAGAGCUGACCCAGAGGGCAAAACUGUUAAUUUACCUGUUGGUCUAUGUCCCAACCCUCACCUAUGCUCACGAGUUUUAGGUAGUGACUGAAAGAAUGAGACUGCAGAUAUAAGCGACCCAAAAGAGUUGUGACGGUGUCUGGGCUCAGCCUUAGAGAUAGGGCAAGGAGCUCAGACAUCCGGGGGAGCUCGGAGUAGUGCUGCUAAUUCUGUCGCAUCAAAAGAAAUCAGCUGAGGUGGUCUGGGCACCUGAUUAGGAUGUCUCCUGGACAUCUCCCUCUGGAGGUGUUCCAGGCACGUCCAACUGACAGGAGGCCCCAGGGCAGACCCAGAACACUCUGAAGGGACUACGUAUCUGGCCUGGGAACGCCUUGGGAUCCCCUAGGAGGAGGGCAUUACUGGUGUGAGGGAUGUGUGGGUUUCCUUACUCAGUCUGAUGCCACCGCAACCUGGUCCCGGAUUAGUGGUGGAAAAUAGAUGGAUGGAUCAUUAUGCCAGGUUUCCUCUUUUGAUGUACUGUAUGUAAGCAAGUUUGUAUAUAACAACACAUUUGACUGUCUUCUUUGACAAUGUUUUUCUUUGGUGCAGUCUGACAUCACUAUGAGAAAACUGCCUUCUUCAGAAGCAGAGGACACAUACAGCAGGAUAGUAAACAGAGACAAAGACAGGCUGAGUGGUGUGUAGUGCUCAGAGAGAAAAACAAGUGUGUAAGGAGGGAGAUGGUGGUGUAGCGAGGUGUGGGUGUUGCUCAUUAGUGGCCACGCUGCAGCAAUUAGGGGGAACUGGAGGAGCAUGCCAGUGCUUUGUAGCUAACAGAGGUGGAGUGGAUGGGGCGGCAGGGUUACUGGCCUAUUGUAGUGCAGCUUGUUGGGGGGGAGGCAGCCAGGCAUGGCAUGCUUUGGUCUGCUUCCAACUACAUGUGUGCAAAGGAGAGUGAUGUUAACUGCCUCAGAGUAUCCUCCCCUCCAUAUGUUAGCAUCAUUAUUGAAGUCAGGUUCAACCACUGAACACACUGACUGGACUUACUACCUUAUGGUAAAAAUAUUAACAUGAUAAUAAUGUAAUACAAAAAAAAGGCUCAAUAACAUCUAAAAAUACCCAAGUAAUCAUUUAACCACAUUGUGAAAUUAUUUCUUCAUGGCAUAAAAAGCUGUUUUAAUGAAUCAUUAAGCCUUUUGUGGAUUAUUUUUCUCCAAACACUAUAAUAUUCUGCCAGUGGUGUGAAAUAAAGCCUACUGCAGUUUUUUUAAUUUCCACUGGGGCAAACAUUCAAAGGAUAAGGCUUGCUUUAUGUUAGCAAAUCCAAAGCCUGAUAUUUCUUAUUCCUCUGUGC